GAACAUUGGAAGGUGUAUAGAUUGAGAACAGAAUCAGAAUGGCUUUGGAGACCUGCUUCCAAGUUAGCACCAUUUCUGCAACAACCAGAGCUUCUGUUUUAUAUCCCCACUCCUCAGUUUCCUCCAAGGAGAAACUCAAUUUGCCGACAUGUAAGGGAUUGAAGGUAUCUACUCUCUCGCAUGCAGCAUCAUCUUCUUUCUCUUCUUUAUCUCGUUCUGUUGAUCACAGAUACCGUGGAUACAGAAUUGUCUGCAAAGCCGGAGAGGUCAUUAAUGAGGUUCGGGUGGUGAAUGAAAGUGAUUGGGAACAACUUGUAAUUGCAAGUGAAACCCCAGUUCUAGUGGAGUUCUGGGCACCAUGGUGUGGUCCAUGUCGGAUGAUCCAACCUGUGAUUGAUGACUUAGCUAAGAAAUAUGCAGGCAAGAUAGUCUGUUACAAGGUCAACACAGACGACUGCCCAAAUAUUGCAACAACGUAUGGAAUCCGAAGCAUUCCAACUGUGUUAGUCUUCAAUAACGGAGAAAAGAAAGAGAGUGUUAUUGGUGCAGUGCCGUUCUCUACCUUGAGUGCUGCUGUAGAGAAAUAUUUGAACUCCUAAAGACAGACAGAGAAUCUUAAUGACACUGUUGCUUUGUGGCUCAAAUGCUGUAAUUCAUGAAUUUUCUUUAUGUAUAAAUGUAACAACACUAAGUUCAGUUCCUCUGUUUAUCACUCAAAAGAACUUUGAACAAUUCUACUGCCAGAAGUUUCAAUUUA